UUCAACACCGCCGCGUCCCUCCAGACCGCCGUCCACACCUACGAGGACUUCGUCAAAGAGGUGCAGGCGGCGGGCUCGGUGUUGGUGGUUGGCGGCGGGUCGAGCGGUGUGGAGUUGGCCGCUGAGAUAAAAACCGAGUAUCCGGACAAGAAGGUGGUUCUGAUCCACAGCAGGAUGGCGCUGGCUGACCCUCAGCUGCUGCCCAGCGUGCGGCGAGAGGCGAAGGAGGUCCUGCUGGAGAAAGGAGUGGAGCUGCUGCUGGGUCAGAAAGUCGCCAACCUGUCGCAGCUGCAGCUGAACGUCACCAGAAACAACACGGAGGUGACAACGGAGAGAGGCGACCGACUGACCACAGACCUGAUCAUCUGCUGCACCGGCCUGAGGGUCAACUCUGCCGCCUACGCCUCCGCCUUCUGUGAGUACAA